CGCGGACAGCAGCACGUGGGAUGCCCUGUGAAUGGUGGUUAGGACUGCCCUUGCUGGCAACGCCUUCCAACACUGGCUGAUUACGCGCCGUGAAAUUCGAAUUCCGGGGUCAUCUUGCAAUUUUUUUGGAGCCUCGGCAAAACCGGUUGCAUCCGCGGGAGGCAAAUCCGACAUUCAAUGGAGUUAUCUCAGAAUUAUGCUAAUCGCCGAUAAUAACGAGUGAAUAGUUAUGCGGGUGACCGGUUCGCUCUUAUCAGGCAAAAUCCGAUCGUGCGCCACCGACAAUUGAUGAACGGCCUGCAAAACGGGAAUAUGCCGCGCAAAUCACCAGAUAGAUUCAGAUAAAGAUAGGGCCAACGAAUAUGAUGCUCCGAGAGGGGCGAUAAUUAAUGCCUGCAGAAUGACUGCAUCAAUGUCUUUUGUUUAAUUAAGACAAACGGCCGCUCGGAGCCAGUUAUGAAGAAAAUUUAUGCGUUUGGCCAUUCCGGCCGGUAAAAUGUCAAGAGAGAGCUAUAAAAGCGCAGUUUUCGGCAACAGGUAGUCAGAUUUGUUUCGCAAUCGAUCAGCACACACAUCCCCUUUCCAACCAUGAAGUUCGUGAUUGUUCUUGCCUGCCUUUUGGCCGUGGCCUGCGCCAACGAGGAGGCUGAUGUCCUGAAGAGCGACUCCGAGGUGAACGUGCUGGACUUCAACUACGCCUACGAGCUGUCCAACCACAUCCGUGCCGUCCAAAAUGGCGCCCUGAAGGAGCACGACAACUGGGUGGUGUCCGGGGAGUACGAGUACGUGGCCCCCAACGGCAAGACCGUCAAGGUCGUCUACACCGCCGACGAGACCGGCUACCACCCCAAGGUCGUCGAGGCCUAAUCUUAAGGACUUCUUUUCUCUUGACCGAAAUUAAAAAUAAAAUCCAUUGCAGCAACGUA